CUGUGCAUUUCUCCCAGGGGGAGUGGACCCUGCUGAGCCCCUCCCAGAGAGCUCUGUACAAGGAAGUCAUGCUGGAGAAUUUUGGGAACGUGGCCGCUCUGGGACCUCAGAUUGCCAAACCUGACCUCAUUUCCAGGCUGGAAGAAGAAGAGGAGCUCUUUCUCCUGAUCUCUGACGAAGAAGAAGGAUUGGCAGGCUUGCCUAGGCUAUCCAUUCAAAACUCUUUUGAGGAGCAGACAACAGACGAAUGGGCAGGAGAGGGUGCUUCUCGGGAAUACCGAGUGUGGUCAUUUGAAGCAGAGCCCGGAAGAGCUUUGGAUCAUAUUCCAAGAAGAGGAAGAUCUGAGGAAGAUUUCUCAGGUUUCCCAACUGACAGCACUGGGGGUGAAGCCACCGGUGAAGGAUGCCUGUACCAGCCGGAAGACACCUCAUCACAGGAACUAUCCAAAGAAGAGAGCAGCAGCAGCCUCAGAGAAGUAGAUCCUGAAGGAGGCAUGUGGGCGUCAACAAAUGAAACAUCUGAGCAUCCAGUGAUGGCUAAAGUGGAUACAUAUUCAGUUGCGAAAUGGAAGGUUAAAUAUUGUGAUACACUGAGGAAAGAGGAAAGAAAACCUUCGUCUAAAGGAAGAAGUAAUUUCGGUCAUUUACAAGGAGAAAACAUUCAAGAAAUUCCACUAUUUGAAAAAAAAAAUUCUGAAGAAACAGACGUUAGUAUAGAUUGCAAAUCCCAUAACAGAAAGAAAAAAUAUGAAUGCCUGGAAUGUGGAAAAAGCUUCACGAAAAGUGGAAACCUUAUUUCCCAUCAAAGAAUUCACACAGGCGAGAAACCAUAUACUUGUCUGGAGUGUGGGAAAAGCUUCACAACCAGCGGAAACCUUAAUUGCCAUCAAAGAACUCACUUAGAUGAAAAACCAUAUACAUGUCUGGAGUGUGGGAAAAGCUUCACAACCAGUAGAAAUCUUAUUUUCCACCAAAGAAUUCACACAGGUGAGAAACCUUAUAAAUGCAAAGAAUGUGGGAAAAGCUUCAAUCAGAGUGGAAACCUUAGUCAGCAUCAAAGAAUUCACACAGGCUCACCUGCGCUCUCUACACUAAAUGCCUUUGAGCAGACGAUAAAGGAAGAACAGGCAGGAGAGAGUGUUUCUCGGGAAUGCCCAGUGCGUUCAUGUGAACCAGAGCCUGGAAAAGCUUCAGAACAUAUUUCAGGAAGAGGAAGAUCUGAGGAGGAUCUCGUAAGUUACCCAGCUGACAGCAGAGGGAAUGAAGCCACCAAUGCAGAAGGCGCAGUGCCUUCACAGGAACCAUCUAAAGAAGAAAGCAGCCGCCUCAGAGAGAGAGAUCCUGAAGGAGGCAAGUGGGCGUCAGCGAAUGAAACAUCUGAGCAUCCAGUGAUGAAUAAAGGGGAUAUAUACUCAGAUGUGAAAGGGAAUGUUGAAUAUUGUGAUACCCUAAGGAAAGAUGAAAGAAAACAUCAGUCUAAAGGAAAAAAUAAUUUCGGUCUUUUACAUGGUGAAAACACUCAGGAAAUUCCACUACUUGGAAAAAAGCACAUAGUAGGCAGUAGAAAUAAAGGUGCAGCAAGUGGGGAAAUUUUAUCUAAAAAAACAGAUAGUAGCAUGCAUUGGAAAACUCAUAACAGAAAGAAAAAAUAUAAAUGCCUGGAAUGUGGGAAAAGCUUCAUGAACAGUGGAACCCUUAAUUCCCAUCAAAGAAUUCACACAGGGGAGAAACCAUAUACAUGUCUGGAGUGUGGGAAAAGCUUCACAACCAGUGGAAGCCUUAGUUCCCACAAAAGAAUUCACACAGGUGAGAAACCUUAUAAAUGCUUAAAGUGUGGGGAUAGUUUUGCUCAGAGAGGAGGCCUUAUUUCCCACCAAAGAAUUCACACAAGUGAGAAGCCAUAUAAAUGUUUGGAGUGUGGGAAAAGCUUCAAAAAGAGUGGAAACCUUAGUCAGCAUCGACGAAUUCACACAGGUGAGAAAUAUAAAUGUCUAGAGUGUGGGAAAACAUACAGUCAGAGAGUAAAACUUAAUUCCCAUCAAAGAAUUCACACAGGGGAGAACCCCUAUAAAUGCCUAGAGUGUGGGAAAGCCUUUCGUGAUAGUGGAAAACUUAACCACCAUCAAAGAAUUCACACAGGCGAGAAACCAUAUAAAUGCCUGGAAUGUGGGAAACGCUUCACUGAUAGAAGAAGCAUUAAUCUCCAUCAAAGAAUUCACACAGGCGAGAAACCAUAUAAAUGCCUGGACUGCGGAAGAAAUUAUAGAUUUAGUGGAGAACUUAAUUCACAUCGAAGAAUUCACACAGGUGCGAAACCAUAUGAAUGCCUGGAGUGUGGGAAAAGUUUUACAACCAGUGGAAACCUUACUUCUCAUCUAAGAAUUCACACAGGUGAGAAACCAUAUGAAUGUCUGGAGUGUGGUAAAAGGUUCACAACCAAUGGAAACCUGAAUUCUCAUCGAAGAAUUCACACAGGGGAGAAACCUUUUAAAUGUCUAGAGUGUGGAAAAAGCUUCAGCCACAGAGGAAGCCUUACUUCCCACCAAAGAAUUCACACAGGCGAGAAUCCAUACAAAUGUCUGGAGUGUGGGAAAAGCUUCAGGAUUAGUGGACACCUUGUGUGCCAUCAAAGAACUCACACAGGGGAGAAACCUUAUAAAUGCCAAGAAUGUGGGGAAAGCUUCAGUCAGAUAGGAAGCCUUACUUCUCAUCAAAGAAUUCACACAGGCGAGAAGCCAUAUAAAUGUCUGGAAUGUGGGGAAAGCUUCAGGGUCAGUGGUCUCCUUAAUUGCCAUCAAAGAAUUCACAGAGAGAAACCUUAUAAAUGCCUAGCAUGUGGGGAAAGCUUCAGUCAGAUAGGAAGCCUUACUUCCCAGCAGAGAAUUCACACAGGCAAGAAGCCAUAUAAAUUUCUAGUGUUGGAAAAGUUUCAGUCAGAGAGGAAACCUUAAUCACCAUCCAAGAAUUUGUUAACCCAGUGGGUCUCCUUACAAGUUUUGUGGGGGAAUUAGCAGCAAGUAGAGGCUAGGUGGGGGAGGGAAAACAGAGUUGUACAUACCUGUAACUAUUGUUCAUCGAGUUCUUCUGUGCACACACACUUUGGGACUGCACAUGCACAGGCCUGCCAGUGGAGAAACUUAUUAGCUCCUUUAGAGCCCCGAUAGGUGUCGCUGCUCUCCAGUCAUGUAGCCUGUCCACUUUUCCCGCCUAAAAUGGGGCACAUGACCUAGGAGGAGCAACUCCCUCUCCCUCAGUUCUCCGGAGCCACUGUGAACCCAAAACAGUUACCAUUAGAGAGUUCACAGUGGGGCAAGAGGGAGAGAUGUGUCUCUGCACAGAAGAACUCGAUGAACAGUAGUUACAGGUAUGUAAAGCCCUGUUUUCGUCAUUGUUCUUCUGUGCCUCCCAACAGUGGGAAGAUUACCAAGCUGCAGACAGUAAGGAGGCAGGGUGAAUCUCUCCAACUCAAUUUUAUUGCAUUACAGCAUGAAGCAUAACUGAAUAUCUUCAACAUUCAAAAAACAUGAAUAAAGAAUUCUUUUUUUGUCAUCCCAAUAACAACGACAGACAUGGAAGGUUCAAUAUGUACAAGAACUAUAUACACAUAUAUACGUAAAUACCUGUCAUGUCAAUUGGAGCAUAAUAAACACUAGUGUCAACUGGAACA